CCACYACCUUCCCCGUCGUCACACCGGUUCCUUCACGAUGUGAAGAGGCCGAGACGGAUGCCGCUCGGCGUGGUGUUCGAUGGCCUGCGCCACGGCCUCGACAAAGGGUGCCCGGCCCGCUCCGCUCCCACCUGCGUCUUUGCUGUUCCACCACCACUGCUGCAUGCCCUCCAGCACGCAGUCCACGUUGAGGGGCUCGCGGGGAUCGAUCUCGGCGAAGCACUCCUCCAGCGGCCACCGUCUCGCGACCACACCGAGUUUGUUCGCYCGGUCCCUGCUGCGGUUGGGCUGGACCCGCCGAUCGAUCAGCAGGCCGACCACGGCGAUCCGCGGGGGAUCUGCCGMCGGGUCCAGSGCCUGGUCGGCAUCGGGCGACAAAUACACGGGGGGUUCCGCAUCGGCACCGGCGGUGCCASCGGGGGAUGCAUCGUGCCUUGCAGUGUCUUGGAGGCACUCCUCCAGGCUCUCGCAGGCAARGGUGGCGUGCUUCGGGAGGCCCGACGAAACGGCUUCCGCGGCACCGGCCCGCUUCAUGCGGUCGAUGGUUCGGUUCUCGAGCAAGACCCUCGUGUCCUCGUCGGGGCAGCCGACGACCUUAACGGCGGCGCAGUCGCCUGCAUCCGCCGCGCCGAUCUGCCACACCAGGAAAUUGGCAAUCUGGCAGGCAAUGGCGUUGAUUUUUUCUUUUCGGACCUUUUUUUCUCUGGGAAAGCCGUACCCAGCGUCCAGCACGAGGAUCGGAUUCUCCGUUUCUUUCCCUCCGCUGGUGCUGCCAUCCCCGACGGCGGGAGCGAUAGAAACCGCCCUGAGGGCAUUCACCAAAACCUCGUCGUUGUCGUCGUCACCUUCCAYCCGCGCCACCGCCCCGUCGGUAGCCAUGCUUGGUUUCUUUACCCUAUUCGCUUCGGUGGCAAAAACCAACGGUGCAGAACCAAGGUAUCACUAGUACAAUUCGGAACAGUCUCGUAAAAAUCUUCUUGUACAGUAGGGACGAAUUAGUACUUUACUUAUUGUUCUUGCCUUAAUUAUUUGAAGUGAUGCGUUGUGGCGCGAAGUUUGAUGUCAMGAAUGACUGGAGGUGAUGCGGCUUUGCUUCCCGCAUCUAGACAUUUUGUGGUGAUUAAGAGUUCUAUGGUCGUGUCUGCUGUCAUGAGGUGUCAUCCUCUUGGGAUUUACGGACACCACGGCCAUGAAUGCCAUAUUUUUCUAUCGAAUCAAAUCAUCAUCGGAUGGUAGAGAUCCUGAGGAACGAGUGGUCGGCGCGCAAAAUCCAAUAACGGUAUUUUAGAGAAUCCAACGCCAGGAGAGGAUGGACACCCAUUAAUCAUAAAUCGAAGCAGCAAGUCGUGCCACGGUACUAGUAGCAUUCUCUGUCUCUCUACGCGGAUUUUAUUUUCAGAAUCCUUUCUUCUGGCUUGGAGAGAACGUCGUUCAAGGUCCCGCGCUUGUUGUUCCGAUGCUGUUUCUGUUUUUAAACUGGGUGACGUCUUUCCGAUCGUAUUUUCCGAUGAUUGAUGGUUCACAGACACGAGCGGCAGACACCAACAUAAGAAGCGCAAAAGACCCCGGACAAAAAAAGCUGCUACCUUCCUUACGUUUACAUACCAGUACUAUGUGAAGUACUUCGUGAUUGUGCGAUACGCGAUGCGCCCGUUUCGGGACUCCGAACAACACCGUCGAAUGCAUGCAUCACCUGAUUGUCGAGGAAACCCUGGCGCAAUGGUGAAGCAGUAGAAGACAAGUACUAGUAAUUAUUACUAUCACUAUAAGAAUGACAUGCCAUGCUAUUAUUGUGCCUAAUUUUCAACUCGUAAAGUAUAUAAAAGUAUGUAUUCAAAAUCGUAGGAGACAUUGCUCCAUCGGUAUGUUUGCUUUUUCCUCCACCAAUGUAGGUCCUCUGUUCGUKCACAUCCGCAUGCGCUCGUAUCGAGUCUAGGGCUGCGACAUUACAGCGUGCAUGCUGCGUAUAUAGUAUUACAACAGGUUGUAGCUCGGUUGUAUUCCCGGUCAUCAGCUUCCCUUCUCCGACCCGAUGAAAAAAUCAGCUGUGUAGUUUCUUGUCUCCAAGUAUAAUGGAUCGAUCGUAUUAAUGGAUCCGUUUGCACUAGUGCUAUGAAAAUGUAAGCACUCUAUCGUUUUGUUUCUUAACUGGAUGGAUAGCAUCACCAGCUGCGUUGGUUGGUGGGCUGUACAGCCGCAUCACCGCGCAUGAAUCAAGGGCAGUCCCUUGGUCUGGAGUGUCUUUGUAGUCUUGGGACUGCCUGCGGAGGAUUGUUCGGUAGCGGCCGAAGUGUGUGGCGAAGCUGGGGGUGUGAUUCGAAUAGCUAGGGGAUUCGGAACCGGUUGGUAGUUUGCCAGAAGUGGAUUCGGAACCUGUUCCGAUCCCGAGGACGGGGCUCCCUUGGCUUUUUUGUGAGUGGAUGCAGCGGCUGCUGCUCCCAUCGAAGUGCUUCCAAGCGGAGUUGGCGUGGUGCAGAUCGGUGUAGCUUUGGGUGCGGCUGCUGCCUUUGCUGCCAUGAUCUCCCUCUUGGCUGUAAGGGUGUUGGAAGCGAUCUUCGCUAGGAGAUCGUUCUCAAAGCCACCCACGGUGAUAUCAUCGGACACUAAUGACUCCACCGAGAGGGCCAAUUCCCCGACCACUGUCGGGACAGCUGCUAGCUUCGAGAGAAUAGAAUGAUCUAGAUCACCAUCGACACUGGUGAGGAGUUUCACAACGUGGUUGCCUCCCAGGUACCAGACCCCGUUUCUCUUCGAGACCCGGCCGUUUGUCUUCUUAGCAUAAUUGGAGCGGUGGGUGGUUGUUACGGUGGCAACAGUUCUGUUGGCUGGCAAACUGACGGGCUUCGAUGGUUGAGACGUCGGUGGAGCAGUGGGGAGGGUUUUCGGCAUAAUGACUUGGUGCAUGAUCCCCGAACUCGCUGUUUUCGGGCCCGCAACCUUGGUCGUUGAUGAAGCCUUCUUCACCUUCACAGAGUUAUCUCGGUUAGUGGCAGCCGUCAUUUUUCGAUACUAGUGUAUUUAUCCUUUGACUUGCUGUCUCCUUGGGGUAUGGAAUGUUGCAACAGUUGUUUUGUUCCAGGAAUGUGCGUUGUGUCGCAAAUGCGGACAACUAGGAUACUACUACGGGUAUUGCCGUUGGCGAGUAAAACUGUGCGCUUCCGAUGAAAGAGCUAAACGGGUAUCCAUUUCCCGCGGAUUGCAGAAGAUGUCGAUCGACUGUACGGUACAAGUAUGGUCUAGUAGUACCCGCAGCGGUCAACAUGCUAGCCAGCUUGGGACCCAAACAUUACAAAUGCAAACAAAUUCUGUGCAACGUCAACAGCUACGUGCGGGGGAGAGAGAGUUUCUGUGCUAGUUUUUGUUCUUCUGUCCGACUAGGAUUUUCCUGAAACCUGAUUCGCUGAUAGCACAUGUCUCUUCUACGGACGCAAUUUAAAAAAAGAAAAAGAUGAGAAAACAGUCCAGUCCCGGAGGACUAACAACCCCCGAGCAGGGGUUACCGUCCACGAUUCCAGUUUCUUUGCCUUAUAUUUCGAAAAUGAAUGCCUAUCUUUUCGUGCCAUUUUCAGGAACACUACUAGGGGGUGUCUGAGUUGCUGGCGUGGAAUGACGUUUUCACUGGAAUACUGAUUUAAAAAAAUACUUAUACAGCG